UAUCCGGCCUUCAUAUCAUCCGCCCUUCAUAUUUUAUUUUCCCGCCAAAAGCAAAAGGGGGCAAAUAUCUAUCGAUUUGACACUCGCCGGCACCACAGCACCACGCCGCGAUGUACGUAAACCAGAUGGAGGUCGACAAGGAAACAACAAAAUUCCGGUCAACGGUUGUGAGCGACCUCGGGAGAAUCCUGGCCAUUUAUUUCCCCAAAAUCAACUCCUCCGAAGACUCCGAGCUGAUAUUCUUACUCACUUCCGAUCUCUUUUACUUCUUCUCCUCUUCAUCAGGACAAGAAUUUGUCUCUCAGUGUAAUGCACAGGUAAAAGAGGAUGACGGUAUAUUCUUUGUGCCACUCGACUUUCAGAAGUUCAGGAAAGUAUGUGAGUUAGGGGAGUUUUAUGCAACCAUGGAAGAAAGACCUAAAGAUGCUUUGCUGUGCAUGAGAGCUGCAUUGCACAAGGUUUUGUUGAGCAAAGGGGAGAAUGACAGUAUGGAGGGUUAUGCAAAGAUUAAUAUCCGUUUACACAACUACCCUGAAUCCAUGAUUGCUUUAAAGAACCUUAAGGCUGCUUAUAUUGACAGGCUUGUUUCUGUACAUGGGACUGUAGUAAAAGUUAGUACAGUGCGGCCUCUGGUAAUGCAAAUGAAUUUUUCAUGUGGAAAUUGUGGGACAACCAUUAUGUGUGACUUUCCAGAUGGAAAAUUUUCACCGCCAAUGAAAUGUGAAAUGCACGCAUGCAAAAGCCGGAUUUUCAAUCCGAUUAGAUCAUCUGCUCGACCAGUAGAUUUCCAAAAAAUAAGGAUUCAAGAGUUACUGAAAUCUGAACACCAUGAAGAAGGUCGGGUGCCUCGGACAGUUGAAUGCGAACUGACUGAAGACCUUGUAGAUGCAUGCAUUCCUGGAGAUGUUGUGACUGUCGCUGGUAUUAUAAGGGUGAUUAAUAAUUAUAUGGAUAUUGGAGGAGGAAAAUCAAAAGGAAAGAGUCAAGCACUGUUUUAUUUGUACCUAGAAGCAGUUUCAAUAAUGAACUCCAAGUCUCAAUCUGUGGCAGAGGAUUUGCAAGAUACUAACAGCAAUGCUAGGGCUAUGGAGCUUUCUGAUUUGUUCUCAUUUUCAGCUAGAGAUCUAGAGUUCAUUGUAAAGUUCUCUGAGGAGCAUGGUUCUGAUAUCUUUCGACAAAUACUUCAAUCAAUUUGCCCAUCCAUCUAUGGCCACGAGCUUGUUAAAGCUGGAAUUACACUAGCACUGUUUGGCGGUGUUCGCAAGCACGCAAUGGAUCAGAACAAGGUACCUGUCAGAGGAGAUAUCCAUGUAAUAGUCGUAGGCGAUCCUGGACUGGGUAAAAGUCAACUACUCCAAGCGGCAGCUUCUGUUUCUCCUCGUGGAAUAUAUGUAUGUGGUAAUGCAACAACUAAUGCUGGCCUCACAGUUGCCGUGGUUAAGGAUCCUAUGACAAGUGACUAUGCUUUUGAGGCUGGUGCCAUGGUACUUGCAGACAGUGGAUUAUGCUGUAUUGACGAAUUUGACAAAAUGUCGGCAGAACACCAGGCCCUACUGGAAGCGAUGGAACAACAGUGCGUCUCUGUUGCAAAGGCAGGACUUGUAGCAAGUUUAUCAGCAAGAACAUCUGUCUUAGCAGCAGCCAACCCUGUUGGGGGUCAUUAUAACCGUGCCAAAACUGUGAAUGAGAACUUAAAAAUGAGUGGUGCUCUCCUCUCACGAUUCGAUUUGGUUUUCAUAUUACUUGAUAAGCCUGAUGAGCUGCUGGACAAACGACUUUCAGAGCACAUCAUGUCACUUCAUUCUGGUAAUGGGCAACAAUCACCAGCUGUGAAGAAGAUACGUGCAGAAUCACAGGACUUCAGAGGCAUAGAUAUGAAUGUAAAAAGUGGUUCUCUUGUUGCCAGGUUGAGACUUGAUCCUCAAAAGGACAGUGAUUUUGUUCCACUACCUGGUCCUCUUAUACGUAAAUACAUUACAUAUGCAAGAACACACGUCUUUCCAAGGAUGACCAGACCAGCAGCAGAAAUCCUGCAGAAGUUUUACUUACGACUAAGAGAUCAUGACACUUCUGCUGAUGGUAAGCCAAUAACAGCAAGGCAGUUAGAGAGCUUAGUAAGAUUGGCAGAAGCUCGAGCUAGAGUGGAUUUAAGAGAAGAAAUAAGCAUGCAAGACGCUUUGGAUGUUGUUGAAAUAAUGAAAGAAUCCUUGUAUGACAAAUACGUGGAUGAGAAUGGUUUUGUUGAUUUCGGCCGGAGUGGUGGAAUGAGUCAACAGAAAGAAGCGAAGCGAUUUUUAAGCGCCCUGAAUAAGCAGUCAGAGUUGCAGCAGAAAGAUAACUUCUCAAUUUCUGAAAUAUACAGUUUGGCAGAUAGGAUUGGUUUAAGGGUUCCAGAUAUCGACACUUUUAUAGAUAAUUUGAACAGCGUCGGUUAUCUAUUAAAGAAGGGGCCAAGGACAUAUCAGGUGUUAUCAUCAUCUUAUUCGCAUAGUCAAUCAUCAAGGCCAAAGGGAUAGGCGCAGCUCUAGCUAACAGAAGGGGAGGGGUGCAAAUGUUGCAUUUCUCAUCAUCAUUCCAAUGUCAAAAAGGUAUCAAGUGCUUUUAUCUAUUCUGGCUGAAGCAUUGCAGUUGGUUUUCCUAUGGCUUAUUCAACUGUUGGAUUUGAUGCCUACUGGCGUGGCAUUUCUCUGGUUGCAAUAUUCUUGCAGAAUCUCACUUCCAAUGCCAGGUGAUCCUGCAAGUUGUAAGCGUUUAAACGAGCCAAAGUAAUAGACUUGCAUAAUCAAUCUUGUUUUAUUUGUAGAUAUUACCUCAACGAUUGAUACUUAGUGCAUGGUAAUGAAAUUUAGUAUGAUUUCUACA